AUGGAACGUAUAUGUUUGAUUCUUUUGCUGUUAUAUAAAUUUUUAAUAGUUAAAGCUCAGUUCAACGGAUACAACUGUGAUGCGAACUUUCAUAGCCGUUUUCCUGCUGAGCGAGACAUCAGCGUGUACUGUGGAGUACAAACCAUUACUCUGAAAAUUAACUUUUGCCCGGUGCUUUUCUCUGGCUACACCGACACUGACCUGGCCCUGAACGGGCGCCAUGGUGAUGCCCACUGCCGAGGAUUCAUUAACAACAACACCUUUCCUACUGUGGUGCUGUUCAGCAUCAGCCUUAGUACACUGGAGGCCUGCGGCAACUUGCUAGUGGUGUCCACAGCUCAGGGGCCCAAUGCAUAUGGGAACCUUUCAUUGGUGCAGAUUGGAAAUAUAUCAGGGUAUAUUGACACGCCUGACCCUCCUACUAUCAUCAGCUACCUGCCUGGACUGCUCUAUAAAUUCAGCUGCAGCUAUCCACUGGAGUACCUGGUGAACAACACACAGCUGGCAUCGUCUGCCGCAGCCAUUUCAGUAAAGGACAGCAAUGGUACAUUUGUAAGCACACUGAACUUACUGCUGUACAAUGACUCCACAUACAUCCAGCAUCUGGCCAUCCCAAUGGCAGGCCUCACUCUGAAAACUCGUGUGUUUGCUGCCGUCAAAGCGUCAAAUCUGGACAGGAGGUGGAAUGUGCUAAUGGAUUAUUGUUACAGCACUCCAUCUGGGAAUCCUAACGACAAACUCAGAUAUGAUCUUUUCGUUGGGUGUGACAAGGACCCCCAGACAACAGUGUUUGAAAAUGGAAAGAGUCAGAUGGGUCGUUUCUCCUUCGAGGUGUUCCGCUUCGUCAAGCACAAGAAUCAGAAGAUGUCCACUGUGUUCCUUCACUGCGUCACCAAACUGUGCCGAACAGAUGACUGUCCCAUGCUUGUGCCGGUUUGUGGAAUGCGUAAGAAACGGGAUGUGUCGGAGAGUACAGAGUCUCAUGCAGUAUCUGGAAAUGCUGUUAUAACUGCAGGACCCAUCAUCACUAGAAGUGAUGAAACUCCAACCAACAACUCUCAGCUGGUUCCGCUAAACAGUGGUCCAUUCAAAAUGAACUCAGUAACGAGUGCUCUCAUAUCUGGCAUCAUCAUCCUGGCUGUAAUGAGCAUGUGCUUCUUUAUCUUUUCUUUGACACUCCUGAAGGGGAAACGUCCGCCUCCAAUGCCAGUGUCUGGAGCACACAACCCUGCUUUCAGCUAA